AGUUCUCUCUCUCUGCUUGGUGGUUGCUCAGAAGAGGCACUCCUCCCUCCUCAUAUUGGUUUCCCCUGACAUGACACAGGCGCUGUAGCUCAGUGGAUAGCUUCGAAACAGACAGGAGGGUACGUUCUAUUGUGUGUCCUGUACUUGUCUUCCUCUCCAUGAGGUGCAAGGAGGCGGGUGGCUUUUUGAGUGAGUUUUGCGUUUGACAAUUUUUGGGGGUAAAAGAGCGUUGUUUAUUCGAGGCUUCGUCUUAUUUUUCCUCAAAUUUUGAACUUCUGAUACUGGACAUUGCAGUACAUGAGGUGAGAUAUCUGUAUUGUUUUGUGAUUCUUGUCACAGUAUGCCCAUCUAGACGAAACUGCACAGCUAUCAAAAACCAUGUCUGAGGGUGUCGUCAGAAAAAUCCAACCCUUUACCAUUGGGACCAGGCUGUCUGUCCCCUCCGAAGCCAAAUGCCAGGAGUUCGUGGACGUCUAUCUGCCGAAGUCUGCUGCUCCGAACAAGUUGGAGCUACACGACCAAAUGUCCCUUUACGUGGGCCAGUCCCAGGGGUGGCCUGGGGACUCGGAACUCCCACAAGUGGCCCCCCAGGUCUACGCUUCAACACCAGAGGGACAUCAGGAUGAGAGAGUGGAGGAGGACAGGAAUUCUGUGUCCCCCACUGCAUCCUCUAGAUCCAUCAGGAAGAUUGCUAUUUGCCGGAACGUCGAGACAGUCCCCGACGUGUCCGUGUGUGACUCUGACCUGGCCACCUCAGUUAGAUCCACGUCAGAGACCAUCCGAAGCAACUGCAACAGUGUUCACCCAAAACCGCCAUCCUUGAUGGUAGAGGACGACUUGGAUAAGAGGUCCAACUCUCAGUCUAAGGUGGACUCUUGGUUCAAGAGGAAGUAUUGGGAUCAGAAGUAUGGCUGUAGUGUCCUUGGAUGUCCUUUGCAGGACCCAGAGGACGCGUCACCGACCCAACAGCGAGACCGAAAGGACAUUGAGAAUUCCCUCAUACAGAUGACGAGAAGUCUGGACAUCAAACAGGAUGGACAUCAGUACGAGACGCUUGACGUGGAGACCGACCACAGGGGAGAGAAGAGGAAGAGACUGCAACAGAUAGAAGGCAACAAAAUCCCUUCUAGAGAGAACACCGUUAACCAAACCUGGCUGAGGUUCCAGUCACUGUUAAGAAACUAUCACCAAGACCUCAAACUGGCUCUGGACGUCUCCUCCUUCUACCAACAGGCUGACACCAUCAUCUGCACCAUCAACAGGAAGAGAAGCGUCCUGUCUGGAUCAGAUAACCAGGGGAGCUGCGGUCAGACAGAGAUCUACAAUAUUGCCAGCCAAAUCAUGAUGCUGAACGAGACUGUUUCACGCCUUUCGGACCUCCACCCUACCCUGGCUGCUAGAGUGACACGGAAGCAGGCUGAGGUGCAGGAGAGCUGGGGCCUUCUCCAGGAGGGUAGUGGGAGCGAGUGGCCAGAUUUGCCCACCGCCCUUGACAUAAACUUCUCCUGCGACGAACCUGGCUCACCGAGUCAAACCAGAGAUACGGAACAUGAGGCCCAGAGGACCAUAGGAAAGGACAUCAAAGAGGAACAGAACCGUCUCAAAGGGUUCGAGAACAUGAAAGACUGUGGUGUCCCCAGGAAGCUGACUGUUUGUCAAGUUGAAGAACAGCCUUCCGAAAGCUAUGCCCGAGUCUCCUGUGACACCGCCAGCAGUCUGGAUGACUUGAUUGGAAGACGGCGUGCGGAGAGGCAAGGAAAGGACCAGACAACCCAUUUGAACACUUGUUCUCCAGAUGCCCAAUCGGAACUUGGUAUUCAGUUGCAAAAUUCUACCACAUCUGCUGAUAAGGAAAAGCCAGGGUCAACCCAAGGCCAGCACAAAGGUGGUGUGAAGAUGGAGGACCUCCUUGGCCAAGUGGAGACGCUAUGGGAAGUUCUGAGGAGAAGACAUCAUAGAAGCAUGAUUGAUGCAAACAGCUCUGAGAGGCUCAACUUGGAGAGGGAUGACAAUCAUGAGACAGACAAGGAUCGGCUCGAAGGACGCAUGUCAGAAUACAGGGCAACCACGGACAACGUGGAAUUCUGGAGCGUCCCAGAUGUCAAGGAUCUCUCUGAGACAUUGGAGGAAAACGACAGAGGAAUGCUGACAGAGCUGCUUAGGUGUCUUGACCAGGAUGAAAACUUUGAUCGUUGUGAGGUAGAGGAACAGACCCUUACUGGACAAAUGGAUGACCAGGGGUGCAUGGACCACCCUAUGGAGGAAUUGGUGGAGGUCCUGGAGGAUCUUGGUGAAGCAGUGGAGAAAAGAGGACAUUCCCUCUAUCAAAGUCAAGACACCCAAGAACGUAUGAGUCAGCAAUCAACACUGAAGCUGCGCAUCAACCAGCUCUUGUCCAGGUGUGCAGAGUUCAGCAUGGACAUUCUGGACACUGAGACAGACAUGGCGGUCAGAUGUGAGCCCUAUAGUUCUGAACUCGAGGGACUGCAGGAGCAACAGGAUGAGCUAGAGAGGGACUAUCAGGUCAUAAAAGAGGAGGUGGAGGAGAUGGAGGGACUGGCUUCGCAACUACAGGUCCUCCUACCUGAGAUGGCAGGGGCUUUGGGGGAGAACGUCCAUGCGACCCAGCAAGCUUGGCAGGAGUUGGGCUGGAGCAUGGCAGAGAACCAAUGCAACCUCCAACAAUUUCGGCAACUGCAAGACUUUCUUAGGGCCUACCUGGCCAUGAUCUCAUGGACAGAGGACACACAGACUUGCAUUUUCUCAGAGGCUUCAGCCCAGCAGUGGAGAUUGGCAGAAUCGAGUGUUCCAUCUGAGCUAGAUCUGAGGAUAGAGCAGAAGUUUGACGAGUUUGACAAGCUCGCUGCUGCUGGGCAGAAGCUUAUCAAGGAGCGACAUCACUUGGCAGAUAUUAUAAAGGAGAGGACUGAGGAACUGCAAAGCAUGCUGGGAUGGAUCCUGGUGUACUGGAGGGCGCAGAAAGACCAGCUGGGUCGGGAGAGGUCAAGGGAUUCAAGAAGAAGUGAUGCCCCUCAGGGAGACGCAACCAGAUUUUCACAAGGCCAACCCCAGAAUCUAUCCUCUCUGGCAGAACACAACAAGUUCUCGGAAAGACUGUCCACAAAGCACAGGCUGAUGGUGGCGAGCCGGUUUGAAGGACCACAAAAAUCCCAACCGGGGAUAGGUCACCAUGGAGAAAACUUUGCCAAGCUGCCACCAGGGGGCAGUCUGCAACAGGGGCCAGUGGAGCCAAGGCAGGCAGUGGAACCUGUGCAUAGGGUGAGCACCUAUCUGCAAGUCACAGACGGAAGUCCUGUUUUUGAAGAGGUGGCAUCGCCUCAUAUCCCAGACACGAGCCACCUGUCAACCACCAUUUCCACAAGCUCAACCAACGCUACUUUCGUACCCCAAGUCAGUACUGUCUUGCUCCCCACCUUACCCAGAACCAGUCCCACCUCUACCUUAAACCUGAAGGGACCGAUGAAAAGGAGGAAGAAAAUUACACACAGGCACACUGUGACUGGCAUUGUCGGAAUGCCCAAGCCGGAGGGGGUUACUACCGUGCCCAUCGGUGCCGCACACAGAGCCUACACCUGGCCACUGGAGGAUAAGAAGGAAUGCCGUGCCAAACAAGGGAGUCCAGUAAAUACAGAACUCCAACUGUAUAUCAAAAAUAAUUCUGUGGUGAGUGUCAUAGAUGGAAACUCUUCAGACACGUCAAGCAUUCCUACCGUUCCUACCAUCCAGGGGAAUUUCUUGCAUGGACCCAAUGAGAUGACCAUUAGGCAAGACAAGAGCCACUAUGGCGUUAUCCCUCUUGGGUCGAUGUUGAGCUUUGACCUGCCCAAGGAUUGGGGGAAAAUCUCACAGAUGGGUGCAAAAGACCUCACAACUGAGAAAGUGCCUUCUGAAGCCAACGGGGACCAUGCCAGUCCACCUUUGAAUCUGUAUAGACCAUCGUGCUCAAACACACUCGGUCAGACUCACGUAUCGUCCAAAGUAAUUGGACAGACUUUCGCCCUCAGUCCAGAGAAGGAAAGGCAUCUUGAAGCUGAUGGGGAACAUGACAGUCCGAAUGGUUCACCUUCGAUUCCGUGUAGACCGCCAGGAUCAAAUACACUCAGUCUAACUCAGAAAGUGAUUGGGCAGAAUUUCACCCUCAGUCCAGGGGACGAAAGUAUCUGCAAAACAGGGGACUUUGCUGGUCAAAAUGGUUCACCUUUGAAUCUAUACAAAUUGGCAGACUCAAACUCACUCAGUCAGACUCACAAAGUGAUUGGCCAUACGUUCGCCCUCAGUCCGAAAGAGGAAAUGAGCUGUGAAACAGCAAGGCAGGACUUGCAGAAGGUCAGCGCAGAGUCUGCUUCUCUUUUGGUUCAGUGUGUCUCGCUACCUGCGAAAGAUGACGCCUAUCACGACCUAAGAUGCGCCACGAGGAGUCCUGCCCUUGCUGCUGGGCAUGAGCACAUUUUCUCCAGCACUGUGGGUCUCCACGAUGAGGAUAAGGUUGAGAGUUCUGUUCCAGUGGCCAUUUUGGACUCUAACAAGCAACGCACUGAACCACACUGCAGCAGCUCGAUGAUGCAUGACCACGCCCGCACUGAACCGCCACCGAACCACAAGCACAACUGUUUAAGUGUUCACACUAAGAUUCAAGACCUCAAUAACCACAUAUACUUCCCUUCGGCAAAGAGGCAAUUCACUUUCCAAAGUGCACUUCGAGUUGUAGAGAUCAAGAUCUCUACAAGGUCUGGGCGAGUCAUUGUGUGCUCUGAGGACAACUGUUGCGUGUGCUCCGACAGCUCCGCACCCAUGAUGGUAUUGGAAAAAGAAACUUCACCCAAAAGAGAACCAGAUCAUAUUCAUCCUGAUCAUUGGCAGUUUGAGGAGGAGGAAGAGGAGCUGGAGGAUAUUUGGAAUGGCACAGACCGGGAAAGAGCGCCUUGAAUUACUGUGGUCCAAAAAUAUGAGGUGGUGCCCAUGCCACACUGAAGCACAGACCAGUGACCAACCAGCCAGAGAUUAAAGUGGCCCUAAACGUAUAGCGUCUCAGAGUAGGAGUGCUGAUCUAGGAUUAGUUAGCUUUUUUUUAGAUCAUAAUGAAUAAGAUGAUAUGACAGAUCCUAGAUCAGCACUCCUACUCUGAGAUGCUUGUGGGAUUCAGACCCAGAUCUAUGAUCAGUUUAUUCUGCCCCUUUUCCAACCUUGACUCCAAAUGGACUUUUACUUCACAUUGUCUCAGUGACAUUAGAGGACUAUCGUGUGCAAGCAGCAGUGGUGGAAAAAGUACUCAAUUGUCAUACCUUAAUAGAAAAUGACUCAAGUCAAAGUCACACAGUAAACUAUUACUUGAGUAAAAG